GCAACAUGAAGCGCCACGAACGAGGAUGUCACAGCUUCGAAGGUGGUGCUAUGGUAUGAACCCACAACGACAACAACCACACGAAAAUCAUCAAUCACAGCAGCAGCGAUCACUCAUGUCCUAAUGUAUAAACUACAAUAUUUCCUUUCCUGCCAUUCGGAAUUCUGUCUUGUUACUUUUGGGGUGGCAAUUCGUCACUGAUACCCACUCGUUGGGUUUUCUCCUGUCAAUUCAAUCAUGGGAAAGAGGCGUUUCCGGCGGAUAAUAUCGGCGGCCUUCGCAUUUACAUCGGCGUUAAUGGUAUUAGUUCCUCGAGAGAACGGAAUGUUUGAUAAGGGGGAGAGGGGGGAGAAAAACAAGGAUCGCGAGAUCUUGGAAGGCACGGCCAGAGAUGGAUGGGAGGGAGGGAGAUGCUUGCAGGUCCAUUCAUCGUCAUCAUCGAAUAUGCAUUACAAGGGGCAGGGCAGAGAGAGAGGGAGAGAAAGGUAUCACCUCGGUAGAGAGUCGCGAGACCCUAAAAUCGGAGAUAGCAAGGCAAGCCAGGCAUGGAUCGUGUAUGUGUACAGUAAUGGAAAGCAUAUCAGCGUACAAUCAAACAAAAACCCAAGCAUUACCCAGACAGCUCACUCACACGUUGCAUCCAUCUGACAUGCCUUCCAGAGAAUUGAAAGGAAGUAGUCACCUCUAUAGAUUGUUUAUUAUUUAUGAUAAGGUCCCCAUGCUUCGCUUUGUUCGGCAGUGGCUUACGAGGCUUUAAUAUAACCAACUCGCAUACCCGCCU